CAAUAUUGGGGAGCCCAACGUUCCCCUAUAAAAACCACCCCCCCGACACUUAAUUUCCCCCCCCCCCCCCCCCCAACAUGUCCCGCUGGCUAUAAACAAGUUUCUCAAACAUUUUGCUAACGUUAGAUAGUAAUGAAAUAUUAGUAAUGAUACAUUAAAUUAUACAAAAGACAUUCAUCGAAGUCAAUUUUUCAAAUUGAAAACAAUUUUUAGAAAAGUUGAAGAUGCUGGUAAUGAUACAAAUAUCGAUGAUCUUGUUGAAAUCUUAAAAAUUCUGAUUCAUAUUCAAUCAUUGAAAUUUCCCAAGCAAAAGAAAAAAAUCGAUAAGCUAGCUACUACCUAGCUGGAGCUAGCUAAAUGUACCGCUUUACCUAGGUUGAGCUAGCUUAUCGAUUUUCUCUUUUGCCUGGGUUCGUUUGGAAUGUGCUAUAUCAAUUCUAACUGAUUUAAACAAUAAUAAUAAAAUUUACGUCAAAGGAACAGUUAUAAAAAAGUUUCUUGAUAGUAAAAAUUGUGGAAGUGAAGCUCUUUUAAGAUUAGCUCAAACAUAUAAUAUUCAUUUACUAAAAGAUAUUCCUGAUGAUAAAGAGAAAAUUUUAUUAAAAAUAUGUGAUUAUAAUUCAAAUUUUAAAUCAUUCGUUAAUUAUUUGCCGAAACUUGAAAUAGAAUUUAAUAUUGAUAGUGAAUUAACUCCUAGUUUCAAUAUUCCAUAUUAUUUAUCAGUAAUAUUAGCUGAUAAACGAAAUGAUAAUGAAAAUAAAGAUUAUUCCGAAGAAGCGAAUGAAAUUCUUAUGUCAAUUUUAUUUAAAGUAUUUAAUUGUUCAGAUCGAUCAAUUAAACAUUCUUUAAACGGCUUUAGUAUAACAAAUAAAGAAAGUCUUUAUGAUAGAACUAAAUAUGCGGGAUUAAUUAUUGAUAACUUUAUUCACUAUGAUUUAAAUCAAAUAAAUCACAUUGUUAGAUCGACAAGAUCUGAAAAAGAAAUUUUAAAGUUAUUUGAUCAUUUUAUGACACGAAAAAAUGGUGUUAGUUUAAAAGACUGGAGAGAAAAUACAAAUAAAUUAAGUGAUAAAAUCUAUUUCUUAUAUUGUUAUCAUAAGUAUGAUUGGACACAUUUAGAUACAUUAUAUCAAAAAUUAAAUUCCAAUGAAAAGUACAAAGUUAUUGAAGAUAAUAGAGAGAAAAUCGAGAAGGAUUAUGCUACGAACAAAAGUACAUUUCAUUCAAUUGAAAUCAAUUAUCUUCAACAUAAUCAAGUCGGUAAAUCAUUAAUAACAGCUGAAACAGCAAGACGAAUUGUGGUAGCAAAUGGAUAUGAUCAAAAGCAUAAAGUCUUUGUCAUAACUUGUUACAAUCAUUUAGCGAAACGAGAUCAUAAGAAUUAUCAAAAAUAUUACGAACAUUUUGGUAUUAAAACAAUGUAUUGUUCGUCAGAAAGUUCAACGAAAGAAUUUAGUGAUAAAAAUGUGAUCCAUACUGAUUUAGAAACAUAUUUUGGUGUCUUAAGAAAUGAAGGAUAUAAUACCUUGAAAAAUCGCGAAUCAUCAAUUAAGUUACCGGAAAUAACUAAUGCUGUGUUGAUUAUGGAAGAAUUUGAUAAUUUAAUAUUGGAUUUAGACGAACAUCUUCAAUAUGUUCAUGAUUUUGAUGUCAAAACAUUAGAUCCGAAUGCAAAUUUUAAUAGGAAAGAAGAUUUCGAAAAAUUAUUUGUUAAAGUAUUCAUUAAGAAAUGCAAUUCAGAAUUUGCGAUAAAGACAUCCUUAAAUCGCGAAAUCAUUGAGAUAAAAACGGAAAAUGAUAUUGCUGAAAAUAUUUAUAAAAUUGGUAAAUUAGGUUCGAUUACUUUAGCAACAAGAAUUAUUGGAUGUGGCGCCGAUAUAAAAGUCGAUAAAAGUAUCGAAAAAGGUUUACAUUUAAUUUUAACGUAUUAUCCUAAAAGAGAAAACAUUUAUACACAAAUGCUUGGUCGAACUGCAAGACAAGAUGAAAAAGGUUCUUAUUCGGAAAUUUUUCGAGAAAAGCCGAGUUUUUCUGCAGUUUUGAAAAAAGAUAUUAAUUCACGAAAGAAAAAAAUUCAUGAAACCGCAGAAUUUUUUUAUCGUGAAUAUCGUCCGAACUCAAAGAGAGCAAAUGUUGAACUCGAUUGGCCUUUAUUUUUCGCAUUAAUACAAUCUUUAAAAGAAGAGGAAAUAGAGCAAUGUAAACAUCUAGAAGAUUUUGUCAAGAGAGAAUUUUUAUGGUUUAUAUCUUUUUAA